CCAUCACAGGCCACCGGAGCCCCACCCCAUCCCUUGACCACCGCCGUCCCAACGCCACCGUGCCGGAGGAUUUCCCCAACACCCGAACUUCGGCAGAGACACUCCCUGCAAAAGACCGAGGGGAGGCUUCAAGGCCCCAACCACCGAGGACAAGCGACCACCUCCCCCAUCCAGAGCCACCUAAAACAGCAAGCCGCCGGACUCCACCCGAGGGAGAAGGAACGUGAAUCUCACCCACCGACCGUCUUGAGCCAAUCCGCCGAAUCCACCACAUACAGCCAGAGACGAGGGAGACCGGCAUCAGGGACAAGGCAGGCAGUCGCGGCGACCGCCGGCCCGGCCUCGCCGACGCCGGAGGAGGUGAAAUUGAUCGAAAGAGAGGCGGCGAAGCAAAAAUAUAUAUUUGAUCCGACGAGGCGUCGGAGGCGACGAGGCAUCGAGGAGAGGCGCCGGCGAGAUGCCUUUGAGCCGACGUGUCGAGCUGAGGGCGAGGAGAGGCGAGACUGUGUGAAAGGAGAGGCGGACGGUGGGUGGUGUGGGCUUGGCCGGUGGAGGGAAUUUGAGAAGAGGGAGACGAAGAGGCAACUGGCGACUUGGCGAGGUCGAAUUUCACAGUACAGAGAUAGA